GCACUAUAUAAACCCACCACUCUCUCAAAUAUUCUUCUCAUCUUCAAUUCUCAAUUCUCAAUUCUCAUUUCUCUCUCUAAACUCCUUCGUCAACAACAAUGAGCAGACCAGGAGAUUGGAACUGCAGAACAUGCAACCACCUCAACUUCAUGAGAAGAGAAUCUUGCCAACGAUGCACUGAACCAAGAUCAACAUCUGCCGCCGUUGACUACGCCGCCGCCGCCGCCUUCAAUAUUGCUCCUUCCAGAGCCACUUCUUCCCCUUUUGCUUUCACCACCGGUCCUGAUGUCAGACCCGGUGAUUGGUAUUGCACUCUCGCUAAUUGUGGUGCCCACAAUUUUGCAAGCCGCUCUAGCUGCUUCAAAUGUGGUGCACCUAAGGAUGAUAACUUCUCCUCCUCCGACUCUGACAUGCCACGAUUGUUGAGACCAUUAGGUUUCGGAGGAGGAGGUGCCUCCACCCGUCCUGGAUGGAAAUCUGGUGACUGGAUAUGUACUAGGUCUGGGUGUAACGAGCAUAACUUUGCUAAUAGAAUGGAAUGUUACCGAUGCAAUGCGCCAAGGGACUCUAGUAGUGGAAGAUCUUCCUAUUUAUCGUGAACUUUCUUCAUGUGGUUUGGUGUCGAAGAAGAGAGAAUUGAGAGGAUAUAUAUUUGGUAGUGAUAGUUACUUAUUUUUGGUCUCAAUCAAUGUUACUUUGUUGAUCCUCUCAUGCGGGUAUUUAAUUUUGCUUUUUCAUUUUCUUUUUCUUUCAUCCAGCUAGCUAGGAAUCUUUUAGAUUUUGAUUUUGAGUAUCCAUGUACUUUUUUUAAGUAUCAACAAUUUAAUAUUAAUGUUAAUGAUGUGUUUGUUAUGAGAAGGGGGUGCUUCAUUCAGUACUAUGAUUAAUUUGGGUGUUGUUUUUA